UUACAAAAUGUUAAUCUGUAAAUGGAAUAAAGUAAAAAAUCAUUAAAAGAUUUGAUUUUAACGUUACUUUCGCUAGAGUUGUUAAAACACAAAAAAAAUGAUUUUGUGUUUUGUUUAUAUAACCAUUCUUUUGAAUUUUUCGUAUGGAUGCAUUGAGUUUAGUUUAAGAGCAGACGACGACACAGUUACUGUCGGUCGUAGCACUGAAAGUAUUGAUAAAUUUAACACAAGAAUUAUUGCUGUUCCUCUAGAGCAAAAGCAAUAUGCAAAAGUCCCUAGUUCCUGUGGAAGUAAUAAACUUGAAUUUUAUAAUGGUGAAAAAUACAUCAAAGUAUUAGGAGAUUUUGGAAAAGAGCAAAAGUUUUAUAGUGGUGCGAAUGAUGCUGGACUUUCAGUAAAUGUCUUUUAUUUAAACUCUUCCUCGGAUGCCGUUCAAGAAGUUCCAGACGAAUUUUGCGGCUAUUCUAUUUCUCAGUUAGAUUUAGGAAACUAUAUUCUCUCAAUAUUUCGAUCUGUAAAAUACUUAGAAGAAGUCAUUGAAAAAAAGCACUUCCCUUUUGUUUGGCCAGAAAAGCUGAAUGGCUUAGUACAUUCGUGUCGUUAUUCCAUUGUUGAUAAGUUGAAAAACCAUCUUGUGCUUGAGUAUUCACCAAAAACAGGAAUUACCGUUAUCCAAAGCACGGGACUUCGCAUUGUAACAGAUACUUUAAAUUAUGACUGGCAUUUGAAAACCUUGAAGAAAUAUGCCAAUAUUCAAUUGAAAAAUAAAGAACUUGAAAUAACUCCCUUAAACCGAGGCUCUGAAGAUAAAGGGAAAGAUUUUACUCUAGAAGGAAGAUAUAAAAAAGUUAUUAAGUCCACUUACUUUUUUAAAAGUCCAAGAGAUUCAAACGCUGCAGUUGAUCAAACAUUUCAGACUUUUGAUUCUACGGAUAUAUCACAAGAUAUAUCUGAUAGUUUAAACAUCAACAAAGUUACAUUAUGGUCGGUGGUUUUUGACCUUAAAAACAGAUGCAUGCAUUACCGUUCCAAUAAUGUAUCUAAACUCAAAUAUAUUUGUAUACACGAUAUUGAACGAUAUUUUAUGACUUCGACCGGUUUAGAUGAUGAUCACGACAUGAAAAACGUUUCUUCGAAAAUGGUAAUUAUGAAACAUAAUGAAGAACUUUAACAUUUGAUAUUAUUAAGUAAUAACGGAAAAUAACAAGGAAAAAUAAGGAAGAAAGACAAAUGUAAAAUUUUUAAAAUAUUUUUAAAUAAAUUUAUAAAAAUAUAAAAGGUAAA